CUACUGUUGUCUAGACUCAACCCGCUGUCCUGACAUCUCACCUCAUCAACCUUUGUGGACCUUUACAGCUUCUAUACUACUUGCAUACUUUCGAAGACACUCGACCUCUGCGAGCGUGAGUGUUUCGCGAGGUGGGUAGCAGCCAGAUGGCGAAACCACUCUCCCUUGCGGGAUCUGGGCGCUGGUAUGGGAACGAUGGGAGCUGGACAGGCUUCUCAGUCCAAGUGGGAACUCCACCACAAACGUUCGAAGUAUUCCCAUCUUUCCAGUCGCAGAAUGUGUGGCUACCAAUCGAUGAAGAGUGUUUGAGAAUCCAAGCCGAUGCGGGAGCGUGUGGUAGCUCUCGCGGUGCAGCACCUUUUCAACAAAGUCCAAGUCCCGGCUUCCAGCCAAACAUGUCUUCGUCCUGGCAGGCCAUCAAUCUCUUCGAACUGGGGCUUGAGAAAGUCCGUGGUAUCACGGGCAAUGGGUUUGUUGGGUUUGAUAAUGUCCAAGUAGGGAACAUAUCGCUUGACAAAUUUCCCGUCACUGCAUACGCCUCGCCCGGCUUCUGGGUAGGGCAACUCGGCCUUUUGCCAUUGUCGAUAAACUACUCGACAACCGUCAAUUCACCAUCAUUUUUAGUCGCUCUAAGAGAUGGGGGGCAUAUACCGAGCGUGGCGUACGGUUACCAAGCAGGCUCUCCGUAUCGGGGUACCAAGGUGCCAGCAAGUCUGGUGCUUGGAGGUUAUGACGGCUCGCGUGCGUCAAAACCACUUACUGUUAAAAUCAACACCGAUAUGAGCAGAGCGUUGACAGUUUCUAUACACGACAUUGUAGCAACUGGCACUUUAAACGGCACACUGUCUCUGGUCAACAGCGAGCGAAUUCUCGCACCCCUCGACUCAUCGAUCCCUGAAUUAUGGCUUCCCAAGUCAGUGUGCGAUCGCUUUGAGUCUGUAUUUGGGUUGGAAUAUCAUGAAGCAUCUGGGCGUUAUCUUCUGACAGACGCUAAGAGAGAUCAACUCCGGUCAAUGAACCCUAUUGUGACAAUGACGAUCGGCUCAGACCCAUCCAUAUCCGGCAACAGUACCAUUAUUCAACUUCCAUAUGCUGCUUUCGACUUGCAAGCUGGUUUUCCAAUCUUUGUAAACGAGACCAAUUAUUUUCCGAUCCGCAGGGCUGACAAUGAAAGCCAAUACGCAAUCGGUAGAGUUUUUCUCCAAGAAGCAUACAUUGGCGUGGACUUUGAAUCAGGAACUUUCAACGUCAGUGCGGCAAGAUGGGACGAGCUGGACCCAGAAAUCAUUACCAUAUUAUCAGAAGAAAGCAAAGCAACUGCCGAGAAGACAGGUGAUUUGCCAAGUGGCGCAAUAGCUGGGAUAGUUGUCGGAUGUGUAGUUGGAAUAGCUCUGGUCAUUGCAUGUGCAUGGUUGAUGGUGCGAAAACGAAAGCGAAAGAACAUCAUACAACAUGACGCUGUUGAAACAGGGGCGAACGAGAAGAUAAGAUACGAGAUGCAACCCCCUUCAGAACUGGAAUCGAACACUCUAAAAAUUUCCGAACUUCCGGGGAAGCAAGGAGAUAGUGAGUUGUACGAAAGCAGGGCGGUGCCUGAGCUGGGCAGUCGAGAUUGCAUUUACGAGAUGUCGGCAGGGCCUGUUCCCGGACUGCCGGCCAAGUAUGAUGAGGGCGCAGACCAAAAUGAAGCCGAUGAGAGGAAACAAGAGAGGAGGGAUCAAUAGCGCAGUUGGAAGGGAAAAGAGAAGAGACGGCCAAAACAGGCUAGUGCAUUCUACACUCGAGCAUGUUCGGAAGCGUUACGAGACGCAUUACGAACCACAUUAAUCAUUGUAACAUAUAUACCCCGCAAAAAUGCAUUUCAAAACAGUAAACUAGCAGACUUGACAGCAAAAACCACAUCCUCCAUUGGAUAUGCAUCAACUCAGUCAGUGUCAUAUGUACUUCCAUGAUGCAGAAUUUUUAAAGUACUG